GAUAUUCCAGCUCCUGCCUCUGUAUGGGAGGUCACCCCUUCUUCUCUUUUCUCACGACCAAACAUACGACCUGUGACAGUUUUGUGGUUGUUUACCCAGUUGUAGCAACUGGAGAUAUAAAAUUGUGAAGACAUGGCUGCUGAUGACAAGAAAUCUACAUUUUUCCGGAAGCCCAGUUCCACACUGUGGACUUCAACAUCUAUAGUGAUAAUAUAUGCGGUCUGGUGUUUAGUGUUGCUCAUCUUGACAGCAUCAGGACACCUUUUGAAUAGCCGGAGCUUUGAAUGCGUGAACAGCCAGGAGGACGUGACCAGGCUGAUAAACGAAGCCAGACUUGUGUAUUUGGGCUCAGGGCUCAGCAUGGCAGCCUGUAUCUUGCUACUGCUGGAAUUCUGGAGGAAGAAGGGCUUCUAUUUAAAAGUGUUACUGGGUACGAACAUUUGCCUGCUUUUGGUUCUGGCUAUAUAUUCUGGACGCCUUUUGAAAGAAGAGACUCAGGAGCUACAGGAGUUUGAGAAGCGCUACUUGGCUCUGCUACCUCUGACAGAUAAGCCACCAAACACACACAACCAGCUGACUGACACAGUCUGUCGUACACUCGAUAAUGUGUAUCACUGGCAGGCUGAGUUUAAGUGUUGUGGACUCCAAAGCUACCAAGACUGGAAGUCCCCGAUCCCAGACUCCUGCCUAUGUGACAGAGAGGACAACAGCUCCGGAUGUGUUGGAGUUGGAGACAGCCUUGUUUAUGAAAAGGUAAAAUAUAGCUUUAGUUAAACUGAAUUAUUUAAGGCCCUGACAAUCCUUUUUUUCCCCGUCACUGUCCUAGUGAUGUUGUCCUACAUGAACACACUCAAUUUUCUGCCAAAUUAAAGUGCUUUUUUCAAGUGAGAGAUUUCUAUAUAUUAGGCUUGGACUGCUGAAAUACUUAUUUACAGCCUCUCAAUCAUCAAAAUUCAAGAGAAGACUUGAUCAUCCCCUUAAAGAUGAUCGUAAAUAAAUAUACCAGCA